AACGACGAUGAAGGCUCUAGAUUCCCUUUCUUUGGGCGAUGUUGAACAACAGGCCAACGAGAAACAGCAGGACGCUUGGGCGCAGCCCACUCUAACACAACCCGCGACUUCUAGAAUUCGUUUCAACUGGAGACGAGGCAUAGCUGGUGUCCUUGUCUACUUAUUGUCCUUGUUGGUCUUCUUUCCAGAUGUCUUCAGACUUGGUACGGAGGUCGAUCAUUCUGCCUUGUGGGCUUUUCGCCUCGCCUCGUCUCGCAGUGAUGACUUGGCCAGUGAUGUCGAAAAGACUGAGAGAUUAUUUCUGUCCGUGAUUGACUCGAAACGUGCUCUAGAAACUUCUCGAGUAUAUGCCACUCACCCGCAUCUCGCGUCCUCAGAAGAGGAUUUCGAAGAUGCCAAAGUCAUCCUCAAGCUCUUCCAAGACCAAUUUGGCAUUUCUCCUCUGUCUGAACUGCCAGUGUUCCCAGCAGGCUCUCCCGAAUCUCGUAACAGUACUCUGAGUAUCAACAAACUCACCUCUCCUACAGCAUGGAUUGACAAGUACUUCCCCGUUAUGAACACUGGCGUGAACGCUACCCUUCAGAUUUUGAACGAGAACGGCGAACCUACUUGGACUGCAGACCUUGUUGAGGAUGGUGACCCUGCUGAUCCUGAAGCUGCGAAAUAUCGAAAUGCUAUUCCUACUUGGCAUGGACUUAGCGGUGAUGGGGACGUCGAGGGUCAACUGGUCUAUGCGAACUACGGUACUAAGGAAGACUUCGACAAGCUUGUCGCAGCUGGCAUCGACUUCAAGGGCAAAAUUGUGCUCGUGCGAUAUUUCGCAGUCUUCCGUGGUUUGAAGAUCAUGGCUGCUCAAGAGCUUGGUGCGGCUGGCGUCCUCAUCUAUACUGACCCACGAGACGAUGGAAGCGUGACGGUCGAGAAUGGGUACCUGCCCUACCCUGCUGGACCAGCUCGCAAUCCAACCUCAGUGCAGCGAGGCUCCGUGCAGUUCCUCUCUAUUUAUCCAGGCGACCCAACAACUCCAGGCUAUCCUGCCUAUGAGAAUGCAACGCGUACCGAUGGCGAGAAUAUUCCCAAGAUUCCCAGUUUGCCCAUUUCAUGGGCGAAUGCGCAACGACUCUUGGCUGAGAUCUCGGACACUGAGGAUGCGCGUGUUCUCAAUGGUAAGACAAGCAAGACGAAGGUCCGUCUGGUCAACCGUGUGGACGAUCAUGUUAUGCCCAUUUGGAACACCAUGGCUGUCAUUCCUGGCCAUAUCAAGAGCGAGACCGUCCUCGUUGGAUGUCACAGGGAUGCAUGGGUUAUGGGUGCCGCAGACCCAACUUCUGGAACGGUUACCCUUACAGAAGUCAUCUAUGGCUUGGGCACCUUGGUCAGAUCAGGCUGGAAGCCGCUGAGGAACAUUGUCAUUGCCAGUUGGGAUGCGGAAGAGUACGGUCUUGUUGGCAGUACCGAGUGGGGCGAAGAUUUCGCUGAAUGGAUCUCUAACAACGUAGUCGCAUACCUCAACGUUGACGUCUCCGUCGCAGGCUCGGCCUGGAAUACUGGCGCAUCGCCUUCUCUCGCCCACCUCAUCCGCAAGACUGCAGAAGACAUCCCUCAUCCCCAUGACUCCGAGCGUACACUUUGGGACGCCAAAAAAGAUGCAGGGCCUUUCACUGGCCCUGCAGACGCGGAGUUCAUGUCAGCGUAUGAAUCUAUGCAACUCAAGAGGGCGACCGAAACUGGCGUCCCUCCGCUCGGCUCGGGAAGUGACUUUACGGUGUUCCUCCAACAUCUGGGUGUUGCAAGUAUGGAUCAGGGCUUCUCGUUCACGCCUACGGAUGCUGUCUAUCAUUACCACAGUAUUUAUGAUAGUCAACAUUGGCAAGAAGUGUUCGCAGAUCCUGAUUUCGAACGUCAUGUUGCUGUAUCGAAGCAUUUGGGACUAAUGGCGUUACGUUUGGCGGACGCCAUCAUCCUCCCGCUCAAUACUACUCAGUACGCCCUGGAAUUGGAAGACUACCUUAACGAGGUCGAAAACCUUACUUCAACCUCGCUCAAGUUCUCGAAGUUGCGACAUUCAAUCAAGAAGUUGCAGAAAGCAAGUCAAAAACUAGAUGCUGAGAAAAUCAAGGCCGAGAAGAAUUUCAGAAAGUUACUUGAGAAGGUCUCUCGGCGAAACCAGCAGGGAUUCUUUAACUUCUGUCUCAGUACCCUGAAGGAUGGGUUCUUCCGUAUUAUGAACAUCUUUGGACUCGGCAUUGAGGAAGGCGGGAUGGUUCCUGUUGAGAAGUUCAUCAAAGCAGCAAAGCGAGUGCAAAAGGCGAACUCAAAGCUAGUCGCAUUCGAGCGUGGCUUUAUCUCAGAGGACGGCAUCAAAGAUCGUGAAUGGUAUAAGCAUCUCGGUGUUGCUCCAGGAAAAUGGCUUGGCUACGGUGCUACGACACUUCCUGCACUGGCUGAAGCUAUUACCUUUGAAAAGAACUCUACACUAGCCGCGUUCGAGGCGGACCGCUUGUCAGACCUUCUUGACAAACUCAGUCACACCCUAAAAGAACUCAAUGCACUAUGAUGAAAUCCGUGUCCCGCACGGUGAUACCCCGCUCCCGUGUAUCCAUUUCUGGCGAUGAGGAUAUCAUCUCAGAAGCAUUUGUUCCAAGGCGCAUCGCCGCAGAUGCUACACUGUUGUCGGACACUUCAGCAACAUCCGAUUUCUUCCUCGAACCUCUCGAAGGUUCGUUUUCUUCAAGCGUUCGGAUACUUCGUGUCUAUCGGCCAAGUUAAGUCAGCGACUUUGUAUUACCACCGUAGGGUAAGGCCAUACCUCGUCACUCUCGACAACAGUCUCUGCGUUCGACAACCAUGAACCCAAAGAUUGUCGUGCGACGUCUUCAUGAUGCUGAAAGCUCUCGCGGAAUUUGAUGCGUGAGUUCAGAGUCCGAAGGAGACCGUGGGUGUGGAAUUUGGCUGUACUGAGGAUGAAGAAAAUAUCCAGGUGUCGGACUUCUUUAGACUACAAAGGACAUUAUGAACAAGGAUCAAGUGUCCAAUACCACUGAAAUGGACUGACAUUUCGGCCAGAGAAGAAAAGACUAGCCGAUAUGAUCAUGAAAACACAGGGGAGGGCGGCUGACUCCCAUGUAAUGCCAAUAAUAUUUCGGAGUGUCUUGUCCAGAU